AUGCACGUCUCCCAGCUGCUGGCCUGGACGCUCCUGCUGACGCUCCUGUCGCUUCGUCCCGAGGCCAAGCCAGCCGCGCCGCAGAAGCCCCCGCGGACCCCGCCUGGGGAAGAGCCGGCGGGGCUCCCGGCCGCAGCCGGCGGGGACAAGAAGGGAGACAAGGCUCCGGGGGGCAGCGGCGGCGGCGGCGGCGGCGGCGGGGCCAAUGCCAAGGGCUCCAACGCGCGGCUGCUUCGCGACCUGCGCGUGGACACCCGCUCGAGGGCGGCGUGGGCGCGCCUGCUGCACGACUACCCCAACGCGCGCAAGUUCCGAGGCGUCAACAAGAAGGGCUUGUCCAAGGGCUGCUUCGGCCUCAAGCUGGACCGGAUCGGUUCCAUGAGCGGCCUGGGAUGCUAAGGCGGCGACCCCUGGCGGCGGACCAGGCACUGCUGGCUCGGCUCGCUGAAAGCAUCCUCGGUCACCUGCCCCGAAACAUCUGCAAGCACCUCCAACAGUUGUGGCUUUGACAUUCCUUUGGGGUUUUGUUUCCGGUGUAGGGAGACACCACCAGCUGUUUGGUUAUUGUUUGGGGAGGGGUGUUCUUAUGUUGUUGGGUUCUUGUUGUUUUUCUCAAAAUUAAAAAUAAAAGUUAUAGAUUAUAUAUUAUAUAUAUUAUAUACAUGAAACACCCUCCUACCCUGCCCCCCACUUUAUGGAGACACGAAGACAAGAAACCGUUUUUCCGAGCCUGACGAGGCCAGCGAUAUAUCGAACCUCGCUGUUUGUAAA